UCGGGUGCACUUCCGGCGUGCGUACGCCUCCUCGGGCGCUCUCUUGUUAAUGGCGGGCGGUGGCUGCUGAGUGGGACGCAGAUAACCGCUGCCCGCACAGGGAAGGUCUCCCUGCUUCCCCCUUUCCGCUCGCCGCUAGUGCCUGAGCUCGCCAGCAUGUCUGUGGUGCCGCCCAAUCGCUCGCAGACCGGCUGGCCCCGCGGGGUCAACCAGUUUGGCAACAAGUACAUCCAGCAGACCAAGCCCCUCACCCUGGAGCGCACCAUCAACCUGUACCCUCUUACCAAUUACACUUUUGGUACAAAAGAGCCCCUCUAUGAGAAGGACAGCUCUGUUGCAGCCAGAUUUCAGCGCAUGAGGGAGGAAUUUGAUAAAAUUGGCAUGAGGAGGACUGUAGAAGGGGUUUUGAUUGUCCAUGAGCACCGGCUACCCCAUGUGUUACUGCUACAGCUGGGAACAACUUUCUUCAAACUACCUGGUGGUGAGCUUAACCCAGGAGAAGAUGAAGUUGAAGGACUAAAACGCUUAAUGACAGAGAUAUUGGGUCGUCAAGAUGGAGUCCUGCAAGACUGGGUCAUUGAUGACUGCAUUGGUAACUGGUGGAGACCAAAUUUUGAACCUCCUCAGUAUCCAUAUAUUCCUGCACAUAUUACAAAACCUAAGGAACAUAAGAAGUUGUUUUUGGUUCAACUUCAAGAGAAAGCCUUAUUUGCAGUCCCUAAAAAUUAUAAGCUGGUGGCUGCACCACUGUUUGAACUGUAUGACAAUGCACCUGGAUAUGGACCAAUCAUUUCUAGUCUCCCUCAGCUUUUGAGCAGGUUCAAUUUUAUAUACAACUGAAUUCCUGUGCAGCAGAGAAGAGAAGCCAAGCCGUCUCUGUGAGCACAGCUAUACACAGUGUAGAAUGAACAUGCUAGAAAAGUUUUUUUGGUUUUAUCUCUUCCCCAGUCCCUAAAUUACCACCUACUUUCUGUUGUUUGAAUAGUACAGUUAAUAUGAAAAACUAGAUUGUGGUGUAAACAAAUGUGAUAAUGCUUAAUUUACUUUUGGUUCUACUCAUGCUUUUUUGUACAACAUUAAAGAAAGUGGACUUCUUUCCAUU